GCGACGCGCGACGGUGCCUUAGACCUGCAAGGCCGGGAGCGCCGGGCGCGAGCCCCGGGCGGCAUCGCGGGAUCUUGGAAUGUAGGACGGAGGUGGACGGCUGCGGCAGACGUAGUGGCCAAGACAGAAGAUGGCCAAGGAAAGGUGCCUUAAAAAGUCCUUUCAAGAUAGCCUUGAAGAUAUAAAAAGACGAAUGAAAGAAAAAAGGAAUAAAAACUUGGCAGAGGUUGGCAAGCGAAAGUCUUUCAUAACUGCGCCUUGCCAAAUAAUCAUCAACACUUCGACACAGCUGAAAGGCUACCAAGACAACAACAGAAUGUUAGUCUUAGCUUUGGAAAAUGAAAAAUCCAAAGUGAGAGAAGCCCAAGAUAUCAUUCUACAGCUGAGAAAAGAAUGUUACUAUCUCACAUGUCAGCUAUAUGCAUUGAAAGAAAAACUUACAUCACAACAAACAGAAGAAACUGCUCAGAACCAGGAAGUAUGCCCUUCUAGAAUGGACUCAAGUAUUGAUGACAACUUCAGAGAUUCAUUUGUGAAGGAUUUACCGCAAGUUCCUCUUCGGGAAGCUCAACUUAUAGAACAAGGAGAAUCAUUCCAAAAAGAAGAGCAAAAGUCUAUCCCCCAAGACACACUGGGGUUUGAUUUGAAUUCAGGUGAAGAUAAAUAUACUGACAAUAUCUUACCUAGAACUGUAUCUCUGCGUCGCGGUUGGAAGAAAAAAUUUUGUCAGUUCAAUACCUUGGAUGAUUUUGAUAUCAGUCACUUGUCAAGGGAGUCUUUUGAAUUGGAAAGAACUAGAUUUGUGGACCCACUAAUAAACAUGCACAUUUCUGAAAGUGGGGGACAAAAUGCUUGUCAGGCGAAUUCAGAGCAAAUUAACAAGUCACCAAAGCUUAUUUACCCAGGAGGCUGUACUGCAGCAAAAGACAAUGUUUUAGGGUAUAAAUCUGAACAAACUAAAAGUAGACCUAGAAAUGCACACAGAAGGAAAAAAGAAGAGAGAAGAAAAGCUAACAGAAACAGAAAGUCAAAAUCUGUUACAAAGGAUAGAGGGAAUAAAAGUGGAAAUAAAAAGACUAUUUCCAGAGAAAAGUUGGAUGAAUCUGUCACUUCCAGUGAUGCUUACAAUUUUAAUUUGGAAGAGGGUGUUCAUCUCACUCCUUUCCGGCAAAAAAUAAGCAACGAUUCUAAAAGAGAAGAAAACAGCCAUGAAUCUGAAGUGAGCAUCUCUGAAUCAAGUGAAUCAGGAGAAGAUUCUGGUGACCUCUAUCUGCCCACUUGCAAACACAUUGACGAUCUCUCCAGCCAAUCAGACAGAAGCCCUAGAUCUAAAAGAGCAUUAAAGUAUAUGGAUGAAAAAGACACUGAAGCUUCUAAACCAAUAAAAACUCCUACAAGUACACUACUUGAAACUCAGCAGUCACCUCGUUUAAGCCUAAAGGAUAUCACCAAUGUCCCCUUGAAUCCCAUAGAGAAAAUCAGAAAACUUUCUCCAAAAAAUAAUAAAGAAAGCCCAGCAGUGUCUCUGCGUAAACGUAGGUGCACUGCCAUCGUGAACUAUAAGGAACCGACACUGACUUCGAAACUGAGAAGAGGGGACCCAUUUACAGAUUUGUGUUUCUUGAAUUCACCUGUUUUCAAGCAGAAGAGAAAUUCCAAAAAAAAAAAGUUCUAAAAAAAAAAAGUAUAAAGCAAAUGCAAAAGCAUUUUUUCAGCGCUGUUUAAUUCAUCCUAUACUCCCUUAUUAUACUCUGAGAAUCUGUAAGUUCAGAUGGGUUGAACUAUUGCCAUAGAAUGUUCUCUUGACUCUAGAUGUGAACAUUUUUCCAAAAUUCUGUUCCAAGUGUAUUUUUUUAAACCUUUGAUAAAUUUGGUUUAAUUUUUCUUUUGAAUAUAAAUAACUGAACUUAAGCACUAUAAUAGUUUAGAUUCCUAUACUGCCCCAAAUCCUAAAUUUUCAUCAAAAUGUACCUAUACCAAUGUUUUGGAGAUCAAUGAUUAUUUAAAUUAAGAUGCAUUCAUUAUAAACUUCUGACAUCUUUAUUGAUCCCUUAAGUGGAAUGCUAGGGGGAAUGAUUUUUGAACACAGGCAGAGGAUCUUUUGAAACUACUUAUGUAAUAUUUGAAUGAAAAAAAAUCUUUAACAUUCACAUUACUGUACACCUUACAAAUACCUUAUGUAAUUGUUGUAUUUAAUUUUCCAGAUAAAAUGCAUAUGAAAUCAUGACUAGAGAAUUGAUGGCUGCUUGGAUUCGGGGGCUAGGUAAACUGAACCCCAAGCUCCAGGUGUACUUUUGGAAUAGUUCCUUAUUUAUUCAAAAAAAAUCAAAUAUUAAAUAUGUGAAUGUCAAGUGAUUUUUUGUAUUUUUUUGAGAUGAGAAUUAGUUCAGUUGUAAAAGUUUAUAGCCUAUACUUGUAUAUACCUCAUUAAACUUUAAGGCACUGUAGGUGCUUAGAGAACAAUAAAGUUUGUCUGUGAUAGUGCUUGUGUUUUUCUUCUGUUCUUUAAAUAUCAAAGGUAGAAUACCUGAUGGUCUUCUCACCUGCACUAUUCUCAUGCUUCCUGGGGGUUUCUCCCCACCCCACCCCCCACCUUGGUAUUUCCCACAGCCAUUGCUACGAAACUCUGCUCUCCACUUAAUAUCAACCUACCAUUUCUCUCUUCCAACUCUGCACUGUGGAAUUUUCAGGUCUAUGCUCAACAAAUUGUUUUAUUAGGUGACCCUUCCAAUUCUGACCUCAACAUUUUCUUGACUGCAUAUCUGUAUCUUUCUGUAUUCCAUAGUAGUCACACCAAAAUCCUCUUCAGCACCCCAAUUUUUCUAUCUUUGAUAGAAUCACUGCUUUAUAUGAUUUAUAUUCUCCCACCAAAAUCUUACUUUGCCAGUUUGUUCAACAAUUUCCCUUAGAAAUAGUUCUUCGAUUCUUUGACACUCCAGCGUUUGUUAACAAAUAUUUAACAUUAAAUACAAUUUAAAAUUCUAUUUCUCAGUCCUAGUAGCCACUAUAGUGGUAGUUAUCAAAUUGGGGAUAAUGCAGCUACAGAACAUUUCCAUCAUCACAGAAUGUUUUAUCAGACAAGUUGUUUUAGGCAAGCUAUGUCAACUAUAGCCUACGGACCAAUACAAACUGCAAGCAAGCAUAGAAUGAUUUUCAUUAUUUUAAACAAUUAAAAAAAAAUCAAUCUGUCAUUUUAAUGAAAUACUAACUUUGAACUCCAACAAAAUAUUUAACAUCCUUAAUUUUUAUCUCUGACUGACUGCAAAGCCUAAAACACUUGUCUUCAUCGAAUAAGUCUGCCAAUUCCUACUCUAGACCAUUGAAUUCCUUCACUUUUACUUUAGGUCAUUCUCUUCUAACAUUUUCUGUUCUAGCUUUGAUCUUUAUCCCCAAAGUCAGUUAUUAUUAUUAAUUUCGUGGUCUUGUAUUUUUAUAGAUGUUGUAGAUAUUUCUGUGUUCUUCUGUAGCACUUACCCAUCGACUUUUUGGUAUUGUUUUGUAUUUUAACAUUUUACAUGAGUGUUAUAAUAUUGUAUAUAUCUUUUUGCAGCUGCCUUUUAUCUCAGCAUUGUUUGAGCUUUCUCCAUUUGGCAGAUGUACAUUUAUUUUUUCCAUUGUACAGUAUUUUAUUAUAAAUAAACCAGACUUAAUUCUUUUGAGACGAAAU